AUGUCUAUUCUUAUUAAUGGUUCUGCUACUUCGGAAUGUCAUAACCAGAAAGGUCUUAGGCAAGGGGACCCUCUAUCCCCUUUCCUUUUCAAUAUUGUGGUGGAAGCUCUGAAUAUUUUGUUGGUUAGAGCAAGAGAGUUAAAUAUUAUCAAGGGUACAAAGAUAGGGGCAAACGGAGUUAUUCUAUCCCACUUACAAUUUGCAGAUGAUACGAUUCUAUUUUGCAACAAUGAUGGUGCGGAGAUGGCCAAUAUAAAAAGAAUUCUGAGAUAUUUUCAGCUUAUGUCGGGCUUGAAGAUUAAUUUCUCAGAAAGCUCUCUUUGUGGUGUUAGGAUUUGUCAUCUAGAUGUUUCUAAUCUGGCAAGGGUGAUGGGGUGUAAAGUAGAGACCCUUCCAAUUAAAUACUUGGGGCUUCCAUUGGGGAAUGCGUCUUCAGGCACCGGUUCUAUAAUUCAAGCGGGGUUCAAAGUUCAAGUGGGGUCAGGCCAAGAAACAUUGUUAUGGGAUCAUAUUUGGUUGGGGGAGGUGGCUCUCAAGGAUGUUUACCUGAGGUUAUUCCGAAUUUCCACUCAGAAGGACCAAGUGAUCAGUGUGGUUAAGGAAGGGGCUGGUGAAGGCAGUUGGAAUUUACAUUUCGGAAGACGUUUAUAUGAUUGGGAAGAACUCCAAAAAGUGGAGUUACAACAAAGGCUUCAAAAUGUAGCUCUGGACUAUUCUAAAAAGGAUACACUGCAAUGGAUUUGGUCUUCAAACAAGUGCUUCUCGGUGAAAUCUAACCUUAGUCCACCUAAGGUGGAGAUCUUCUCUUGGUUGGCUGUACAAGGGAGAGUAGCAACUAGAUCUCUUCUCAUGAGCAAAAAUGUGAUUCAGGAGGGUCCAUUGUCCAAAUGCCCAUUUUGUGUUACCUUUGAGGAAACCCCGGAACACCUAUUCUUGCAUUAUCAGUUUUCAUGGAAUACUUGGUCUCUUAUUCUAAGGUGGUGGCAAAUGCUCUGGGUCUGUCCCCCUUCUUUGGUGGACCUAACGAAUUGGUGGUUUGACAACAGGUUUAAGAGUUUGGAAAGGCACAUUUGGGAGGUGACUUUUUUUGCUACCUUAUGGUCUUUGUGGCUUGCAAGGAACGACCUCGUUUUCAACAAUGUGUUACGGUCAGCUUGCGAGGUGGGGGACCAGAUUAAGACAAGGGUGGCUAUGUGGAUGAAAGCCAAGUUUGUAAUCAAGGUGUACUCAGUCGAGGAUUUUAAAUGUUUUCUAGGAGGUAUCCGUAAGCUGAAGCUUUAG